AUUUUCCAUUUUAUAUAUUGAAUGAGAGUUUUACACGGAGUUUCUAUCUUAUGUUAUAAGACUUUUAUUUAUCUUCUAGAGUGCUAGUGUUAGCAUUAGAUACAAAAAUUGAUUAAUCCAUCAACCACUCAACUCUCACCAACCCAUUUCUCCGACAAUGAGUUUCACCGGCGACAACAGCAAAGUGUGCCACGUUUUAGCCAUGCCGUUUCCGGGAAGAGGACACAUCAACCCCAUGCUAAGCUUCUGUAAGAUCCUAGCUUCACGAAAACCAAACGAAAUUCUCAUAACAUUUGUAAUAACCGAAGAGUGGCUCGGCUAUAUCGGCGCCGAUCCAAAGCCGGAAGCCAUCCGCUUCGUUACUAUCCCCAACGUGAUCCCAUCGGAGCGCGGGAGAGCAGCAGAUUUUCCCGGCUUCUAUGAGGCCGUCAUGACGAAGAUGGAAGAGCCGUUUGAGCAGCUUCUUGAUCAGCUAGUACCGCCGGUGGAUGUAAUAGUUGGCGACGUUGAGUUGCGGUGGCCUGUUGAGGUUGCUAACCGGAGGAAUGUUCCGGUGGCUGCGUUUUGGACCAUGUCGGCGUCGUUUUACUCUAUGCUACAUCACCUUGAUGUCUUCUCACGUGACCAACACUUAACAUUUGGUACAUUUGGUGAACAAACAGAGAACAUUCCAGGAAUUUCUUCACUUUAUAUGGAAGACCUUUUAACUGUUCUUCGCAAAACUGAUGAACGCGCAAUGCAGCUUGCAUUGGAAUGCAUAUCUGCUGCGUCCAAAGCAAAUUAUCUUCUGUUUACAACAAUUCAAGAAUUGGAGGCUGAAAUAAUUGAUACCCUUAAACAUAUAUUUCCCUUUCCUAUUUAUUCUAUUGGUCCUGCAAUACCUUAUUUAGAACUAGAAGAAAAAACUUCGCGAAACACGGAUCAUAGCCAUGAUUAUAUAAAAUGGCUAGAUUCUCAGCCAGAUGAAUCGGUAUUAUACAUUUCUUUAGGUAGUUUCCUUUCGGUAUCCAAUGCUCAAAUGGAUGAAAUUGUUGAAGCGUUAAAUAAUACUGGAAUUCGAUACUUGUACGUUGCUCGUGGUGAAGCAUCGCGAUUAAAAGACAAGUGUGGAGAUAAAGGGAUGGUCAUACCAUGGUGUGAUCAACUAAGAGUAUUGUCACAUUCUUCUAUAGGUGGAUUUUGGAGCCAUUGUGGAUGGAAUUCAACUUUGGAAACAGUUUUUGCUGGAGUACCAAUUUUGACAUUUCCACUUUUCUUGGAUCAGUUUCCUAAUAGUAGUCAACUUGUUGAUGAAUGGAAAAAUGGAUGGAAGAUAGAGGUAUCACCAUUGUCAGAGAAUGAAGUGAUUCUUGCAAAAGAAGAUAUAGAAGUGCUUGUUAAGAGGUUUAUGGAUCUUGAAAGUCAAGAGGGAAAGAAAAUUAGAGAUAGAGCAAGAGAACUUAAGGUUACGUGUCAUAAAGCUAUUGGUAAAGAUGGAUCUUCAUAUAAGAAUCUCGACGCAUUUUUCAAUGACAUUUCAUUUGAAGGUCACUAAUACUAAAGAAGUCUAUAUGAUGUGCAAGUGUGAGAGUUGAAAAUUCCAUAGUAUUGAGUUUGAUUCCUUCCUACUAUAUAUGAUAUAUGAUAUAUCCAAGGUUGCUAAUGUGUUGAGUAGGUUUUGUUCAAUUACACAAAUAAGCAAUGAAUUAAUGGAGUAAUAAAUAUUGAAAUUGAAUGGAAGGAUGUAUUUAGAUAAGUGUAACAUUGUAAAAUAUCAUAGAAAUGUAAUUGAAAUGCUCUUUGAU